AUGGGUCGGAGGAAGAGUUCGCGCAAGCCUCCACCUAAGGCAAGAGUAAUUGAGCCACUGCCAAAGCAGUUCAAUUGUCCCUUUUGCAACCGCGAAGGCUCUUGCGAGGUGGAAAUCAAUAGAGAAAAGAAGACCGGAUACGUGAAGUGUGGAAUCUGCCUAGAGGACUAUCAGACUUCUGUGAACGCACUUAGUCAGGAGAUUGACGUGUACAACGAUUGGAUUGAUGAAUGCGAACUUGCUAAUCCAUAA